CUUGUUUUUCUUCUCAAUAAAUCUCAACCUCAAUCGAUUCCCCCGAAACAUCCACAACUAGCCACCGGAUCCCCACCGUCUCGUUGAUUCCUAGGCGCUUUUCAUUGCUGGGUUCGCAGCGCCAGCGCUGGCCAAUCACGUUGCGCAGCGCCGUCCCAGAAGCACGGGUCCCCAGAUUAUUGCCCAUCAGCCAGCCGCGCGACAGAGAGCUGAUCCCCCGGUCGCCCAACCCGCCCCAUGCGAAGGGCAAAUUUAUGAACUUCGGGUCCUCUCUCCACGGCCGGCUACUUUGCUUCAGUCAUGGCUUUCAGCUUUGGCAACUCCGGAAACGCCAUGCUUGGAAGUGCGGCGGGAGCAGGAGGACUGAAUACAGGACCUGAUUUGGAGACUAUCCAGACAGAGGCUCUCGGAUUCCUCUCCAUCGCUGGCGACGCGAAAGUUCGUCUAACCUCAUCAUGGCCGUCUCUACCUUCUUCGACUGCGUCGCUCCUCAGCAUCGCCUCUCGAAAGAGCCUGGUCGCCGCCGCUGGACCCGACCAGGUCAUCCUCGCCACGACAGAGUCCGUCCGUAAAGCCUUCGAAACCCCCAAGAAUGGCGACUCCGACAUUCGCGGGUUCCAGCCCCAGCUCAAGAUCCCGAUGCCGAUGCGCGUCUCCCAGCUCUACUUCACAGCUGAUGAGAACUACUUGAUCCUGUCAGCUGAAACCGGUGGUGGCCUGGCCGUCUACGAGGUGCAGAGCCUUCUCCAGAACUCGACGAACUCUGCCUUCGAGCUGUCAACAAACGGCGAGACCUUGAGGGCGUUGAUCCCUAACCCGACGCCAGAGAAGGCAGAGCUUUGUGCCAUCGUGACGAACAAUGGCAACUUGCACAUGGCGAACUUGAAGGAGAGGACGAUCAGCAACCCUCUCAAGACCCAAGUUAGUUGUGUCAGCUGGAGCGCCAAGGGCAAGCAACUAUGCGCCGGUUUGGCGGACGGUACGGUGCAUCAGAUGACCCCGGAAGGAGAAGGAAAAGCAGAGAUUCCUAAACCACCCAACCUGGGCGACUGUCAUGUGUCAACUCUUACGUGGUUGGAAAACAACUUGUGGCUAUCGAUUCAUACAUCCAACAACGCGUCGCCGCCGACGUCCACGUAUCACAUAAUUACUCGCCAACCACCGUCCUCGUUUACUUUCCAAAAGCUUACCGAUCCCGUUGAGCCCUUUGGUUCAGAGAAGACCCCCCACCACUCGAUUUUGCGACUUCGGGACUUCCCACCUGCAAUGCAGGACCUUCUCAUUGUGUCCUCCACUGCAGCGACUGAGAUGGGAGUUUUGAGUCGUUCGAGCACGGCUCUGGCUACCGACAAGCCCGCUGAAUCCAUAACCGGCGUCUUCACAACAACGGAGUUCUUGGACGAUACUAAGCGACCGACGCUUCCAAUGACGGAUUCCAUGGACGACUCUACUCCGGUCGGUGUUGCGCUGGAUUUGUCAGGCAAAGACAAGGUCUACAAGCCAAUUCCAUCCGACGUGGAGCUCGAGGAGUCACCAGGACCUCUCCCCGGAUUCUGGGUCCUGACCCACGAAGGUGUUCUUUGCUCGUGGUGGGUGGUCUACAACGACUCCAUCAAGCAAGGGAGCACGUACCCGGGCCUAGCCGCUGUGGAGGGAACCGGUUCCGCUUCUGCGCCAGCGCCUGUGGCACCUGUGGUGACUUCUGCAUCCCCAUUUUCCAAUGCUGGCGCCUCGGCCUUUGGUUCGUCCGCAAAUGCUCCUGCUGCAUUUGGUGCCUCAUCUCAGCUCGGUCAGAAGUCUUCUCCAUGGGGAGGCGCUGGCGCUUCCGCCGCGGCACCUAGCACAGGUGGCGCAACAUUCGGUUCAAGCACCUUUGGUUCACCCAGUUCCGCAGCCCCAGCGUUUGGCAAGCCAAGUGCUAUUGGCUUUGGCCAGUCCUCUCAGUUGGGCGGAAAACCGUCCCCAUGGGCGACUGCAUCUGUCGGCACCGCUCCAACUUCAACCUUUGGACAGUCCGGUUUCGCCGGCUUUGCGAAAAGCGACAGCAACAAGAGCGCAUUCGGCAGUGCAUUGACCUCAUCCCCAUCGGCCACACCCUCAUCAGGAGGUUUUGCGGGCUUCUCUGGCCAAGGUGGCUUUGCGUCCGUGGCGAACAACAAUAGCAGCACUGGUAGCGUUUUCGGCAGCGCAACUAAAUCAUCGAACCCAUUCGGAUCCAGCUCCAACGCAGAUACUGCUUUCCCGCCCCGGCAAGAUAAACCUUCUGGUGGUCUCUUUGGCUCUACUCCUUUCAAGCUCGAGAGUUCGUUUAAGCCGGAUCCAUCUGCGAAGGAAGACAACGCCAAGCCAGCUCCGUUGUCUGGAUCCUCUUUGUUCGGCAAUGCCUUUGGCUCGGCCCUGACCGAUGCAGCUAACAAGCCCGCGGUCUCGACGCCCACUACUGCUACUAAGGAUGAAGAGAUGGAUGCGACGGAAGAAACCCCGCAGGCCAAGUCGAAGUCAUCGUCGCUGUUCCCUGCACAGUCAAGCCCCGAGUCUACCACUCCCACAUCAACUCCUGCCCCUUCAAAAUUUGGCUUUUCCACCACACCUGCCCCUACGACAUCAUCAAUCUUUGGUCAACCCUCGAAGUUUGGUGCCUCUAGCGGUGGCGGUGGUCUCUUUGGUGGCUCGAAGCCGGACACACCGAAGCCGAGUGGAGGUUUGUUCGGAUCACAACAAACAACCCCUAAACCCAGUGGUGGUCUGUUUGGGCAAACCCCCAAGCCAAGUACCUACACUGGCAUAUUUGGUCAGAAGUCGGAGAUGCCUAAACCCGCUGAGGAUAAGAGCCAAGGAAUGGGGGCACCGCAGAUCAAGUUGGAGGAAGAAUCACCGCUCCCCCCUGACUCCACCAGCCGGAGUGCCUACCCCAUCGGCGAUUCAUCGUCGUCGUCAGCGACAUCCAACGCCCCCAGCCAGCCAUUUGGAGCAUCGACCGUCUAUUCUGAUCCGGACUCGGCCCCGCUCCCGCCGGACUUCUUGUCGGCACCAAAGGCCGCUAAAUCUGGGACAGAUGCUCCCUUGCCUCCCGACUUCACCAAACCAAGCAAACCUACUGAUGCUCCACUGCCGCCGGACUUUGUCAAUGUUUCUAAGCCCGCUGCUACAUCUAAAACCCCGGAGGAUGCUCCUCUGCCACCUGACUUCUUGAAACCAUCGAAGCCUGCGGCUUCAAAUUCAAAGGCAAAUGAUGCGCCCUUGCCUCCUGAUUUCGCCGUCCCGAAAGUGCGGUCCAAAGAGCCUUCCAUGGUUCCCUCAGUCCCCGAGAGCAGCGAUGAUGACAGUGACUUGGACGAAGAUGAGGACGAUGAUGCAUCGGAAGGCAGUGGCAUAGAUGUCGCAAAGGACCUGAGCCCUAGUACAUCUGGUCUUACCCCUACUCCAGGAUUGACACCACAGAGUUCCUUUGGUGGCAUAGGCGGAAUAACUCCUGCCAGCAUUAGACCAGGUCAAGAGACAUCUCGCCCUCUCUUUGGUGAGCUCAGCCGCAAUGCGCCUCUGUUCCCGCGACCAACUGCGACCAGCCCCCGUUCUCCAAGCCCUAUCCGCGGUGCGGUGCCUAACCGCGUCAUUCGGACUGAUGCCACGAGAUCAGUCAGCGCCCCUGGUAUGGCGUCACAGCUUUUGGGAGCCAGGAAGUCUCAAUUUGGAUCCUCCAUUGUCAAUCGGGAGCCUGCAGCCCCUGCGGAUGAUCCGUUCAUGGUUCAACAUAGGAAGAUCAAGGCGCGCCAAGAGGCCGAGGAGACCCAGCCGUUGGUCGAUGAAGAGGAUGACGAAGUGCAGAAGAUCCUUGCAUCUGAGGUUGAAGGCACCUUGCGUCUGCAUGAAUUCAUUGCUCAUUCAAACAUGGCACCGCCCGCGAAGGAAAGUGUUCCAAGUCAAGUUGAAGCAGUCUACCGCGACAUCAACUCGAUGAUUGAUACGCUUGGUCUGAACUCUCGAACUGUCAAGUCGUUUAUCAAAGGAAACACGGAAGACUGCAAGGAGGGUGGUCGUAACAAAGAUGACCUGGAGAUCUCUGACGACUGGGUUCUGUGCGAAAUUGACGAUCUGGGUGAGGUCCUGGACACUGAAUUAUACCCCGACCUGGAGAAUGGACGAGUUCGUGACUUGGCCGAUAAGCUCGAGGCAUGCCAAGAACUUUCCAGGGAAAUGCACCGUCUCCGCGCCAAGCAGGGUGAUCUUAAGCAGAUCAUUAUGGUCAGGUCGGACCCAGAUCAGGCUGAUGUCACACGGUCCCUACCGCUCAGCGCUGAGCAAGCGACCCAGCAGAACGAGUUGAGACGGGAAUUUGCCAGGUUCUCGAAGCUGCUAGCUGAAGCCGAAGAGGCCCUCACUCUACUCAAGACUAGAAUUGUCACAGUGUCAAGUGCUUCAGGCAAGGGCAAGGCGAAUGUGCCAACUGUGGAAGCUGUGCUUCGCACCAUCACCAAGAUGACUAGUAUGGUUGAGAAGCGAAGUGGAGAUAUUGACAUGCUGGAGAACCAGUUGCGAAAGGUUAACAUUGGCUCUACAAACCGAGAAGGCUCGCCCAUGACCCCCCAGGGGAGGAAGAGCGUGAUGUUCUCGCCCGAGUCUACACCAGUGCGAAACCCGCGCCACAGCUUUGCUGGAAGCAUCUCGCUCGGAGCUUCGGUGAGGGCGACGCCACCACGGAAGAAGCUGAGUGGAUUCAGCAGGGAGGAAAAGGGUGAUUUGAUGGAGAAGAGGACCCGCAGACAGGCCGUGCUCCAGAAACUGAAGGGAAGCGUCGAGAAGAAAGGUGUCAAUGUAUGGACCAUGGAGGAUAUUGAAUAAACAACAGCGCACUGGGUCGAGAAUGAUUUUGGGGAUGAAUGGGACAUGAAGAAACUG